GUAAUAAUAGUACCCGCAUUCACGAAGCACUUAAUGGUAUCGAAAAUAAAACGGUGUACUUAAAUUAACUGAUUAGCUACGUGUUUACGUAAAAAAUAAAUUUAAAAAUAAAAAUUCUAAAAAAAUGACAAAAAUGAAAAUAUCUCUUAUAUAUGCUCAAAGCAAACAAUGGUUGAAGCCAUGGCAUUGACGAACUUGAGUUUGUUUCGUCCAAAGAAGACUGAUAUGGUGUACCGACAACGCCAAGCGACGCCUCUGAAAGCGCCGCCAAGUGCGUUAUCAAAAAUCCUCUCGAGAAGCGCUGAGACCCUGGUAGCUACGACUAGAGGUGGCAAAGAAAUAAAAACUCGCAAAGCAAGGAGUACUGAACAACCAGGCGAAAGUACAGUGAAGGGUGCCCGAUCCCUCGUGCUGCCAUCACUGGGCAAGUGGGGCGACGAAGACAGUCUGAAAAGCAGGUCCAGAAAUGGGAGCGGCAGCAGUAGAGCCGGUAGCGUUGACAGGAGUACACAAGGGUCCACGGCCAAUCUAAACAGUGAUGAAGAUAAUAUAAAUGUUGUUGUCAGAGUUCGACCGGUUAAUGACAAGGAACGUUCGCUUCGUGAGCGGCACAUGUUAGAGUUCCCGGGUAAAGGGCAGAUCAUCUGUCACGGAACAACUCCAGGACAGAAGCCUAAGCUUUUCUCAUACAACGUUGUAUUUGAACCGGCUGCAACACAAGAAGAUGUUCUGGAAUAUUCUGGUAUAAAGCGUCUACUAGAGAUGGCGGUCGAAGGGUUCUCGUGUACUGCCUUCUGUUACGGACAAACGGGCAGCGGGAAGACUCACACUCUCACAGGACCACCGGGACUCGUAGAGAGUGGAGCGAGUCCUUACUCAGAGGAACACGGGCUCGUCGUGCGUUCCUUCGUGUAUCUGUUCCAACUUCUCCAGGACAGACCCGACUGUCACUAUAUUCUUAAAGCGUCUUUUUUGGAAAUUUACAACGAAAAGGUGAUAGAUUUAUUAAAUCCGGGCAAUUCAAGGAAACCGCUACAAGUGAGAUGGUCUAAGGAGAGCCGCAGUUUCUACGUUGAGAAUCUCUUCAUGGUCGAUUGUGAGCAAUUAGACGACUUGUUCGCUGUUCUAGAGGAAGGCAUGCGCAACCGCGCGGUGGGCGCGCACGCGAUGAACGCGCAGUCGUCGCGCUCGCACACCGUGCUCAGCGUGCGCGUGCGCGGCCUCGUGCGCGAGCACCGCGGCGUCGCGUGCGCCACGCACGGGAAGAUCAACUUCGUGGACCUGGCCGGCAGCGAGGUCACCAAGCGCACCAACAGCACCGGCAAGACGCUGGAGGAGGCCAACAACAUCAACAGGAGUCUCAUGGUCUUGGGGUACUGCAUAGCGCAGUUAAGCGACGGUAGGAAAAAGGGUCACAUACCGUAUCGGGACAGCAAACUCACAAAACUAUUGGCGGAUAGUUUAGCUGGGAAUGGGGUUACGUUGAUGAUCGCGUGCAUCGCGCCGACGAAGUCCAACCUGAGCGAGAGCAUCAACACGCUGCGCUACGCCGCGCGCGCCAAGAAGAUCAAGUCCAAGCCCAUCGUCAAAAUGGACGCGAGAGAUGCACUGAUCCUGAGCCUCAAGAGGGAAGUUGAAGCUCUGCAAGCUGAAAACCAUCACCUCAGAGCUGCGAUCCACGUGCACUCUGAUUACAACGUGGACUCGUUAAGUCAAAGAAACCGCGGCACACCAUCGAUAGAAACAAACAAACUGUACCAACUACCCCAAGCAGAGUUGGUCGAACUGGUCCAAUUGCACAUGGCAGAGAAUUCAGCGCUGAGGCAGGAAAAUACUGACCUAUUCGUCACGAGAGACCAGCUAUUGAGGGAUCAAGAACUCCUCAGCAGAGAGAAUGAGAGGCUUCUGAAGAAAUUGGAAGAUGUCAAUUCUGUUUGUACUCGAUCUCCGAUAAUACCAGCGAGGCCAGCAUAUUCAGAUGUUGGUACCAAUGAAGCAAACAUUUGGACCAACACAGUCAGCUCAUCCAACAGUGUUAUCAGCGAGAGCAGUUAAUACAAAAAUACCUAUAUAUAAAUUAUGUAGAAAAUGAAACACUAGUAUUUUUGA